AAUUAAUAACUGCCAUAAUACUUUUAUUAGUGAUAAUAAUAGUAUAAAGUACUAAGUGACCCAUUUUCUUGAUUUUUUUUUUUUUUUCAUAACUGCUGGAUCUUGCAUUACGUCAAAGGCUUUUUCAUAUUCAACGAAAGGAGGAAGAUGGAAUCGGAAGAGUUGUGAAGAAGCAUGCUGGAAGGUGAUGAAGACAAGAGCAAGAGUGACUCUGGAAGUGUGGAUAGCGUAUCUGACCAACAAAGCUCAGACGUAGUUACCACCAUCGGCAAGGCUAUAGCAUCGAAAAACGAUAGAGGCAAAAUUAGAUAUAUCAACAAGAACAAAAGGCAAGGAAGAGACCGAACACAAACGGGAAUCGAGAUGAGGAGCUCCGAUAGUGGUCUAGGGAGAGCAUCAACGAUUGAAGGCGAUAGCUCUACAGAAAGAGGCUCAGAGUCGAGCCAAGAAGGGUUGGGCAGGGCUGCAGUAGCAGCUAAGCGGGAGGAGAUGGCGCGCCUCGAGAAGGAGCUGGAACAGGAGAUGCGAUACAGAACCACGAUGGAGCAACUGCUGGUCGUCAGGCGAUAUUUGGCCAGCAAAGAUCCGGACACCAUACAGUGGUCAGUGGAUGUGCUCCAGCAGAGCGUUGACGAGCUACAACAACAACUUGCUCGUCAGGACCAAGGUCAUGAAGAAGAGAGUGAAUUCAAGUUGCGAUGUGAAGCUCAGAUGGCACUUAACAAGAAAUUGGAGGAGCAAACAGAGUGGUACCAAGACGAGGUGGACAAAACGAAGGAGAAGGUCAGCCAAGGUCAGGAGUACACCUACGACCAAGACCUCGACCAGUACAAUGAGUUCGAGCUGCUGCGACUGAUGAAGAGACUCGAGCGUGAGAGGAACAACCUGUAUAGUGACCUCAGAAAUAGCAGCUGGCUUCUCGACAACCACUCUAAGGAAUACCACCACCUGAAAGAACUCAUUCGGGCUUACACGGGAGAUCUUACAGUUGUCAAUAGGUCUCUGGAACACCUAUGGCGUCAACGGAAUUUCGGCCACGAUUCCGGAUUAGCUGGCGGCUCAACACCCGUCACUUCGCCUGGAGGAGUGAAAUGGAGUGGACAAGCGGGAAUUAGACCAACACAGCGUAUUCUUGACCCUCGUAAAGGCCCCAUCAGAAAGACUGCCGGAGUGCGCUCCCUACCGCGUCUUGACCAGGAAGAACUUGAACAGUCCAACAACACUGUGUUCUUCAGGAAGGCGCGUUCCAGAUCUCGUGGACGUUCGAAGAUGAGGGCUAAAUCUCUGGACACCAAACAGAAGAAAGAAGCGACGGACUCGCCUGCUACGGACUUGAGCCCCGUGCUUCGAACAAAAUCUGAAGAAGCGCAGUCGGCCAAAUCAUCUUUUGGGGUAUUCGACGAGUCAUAUGAAGCCAGCAAUGAAGCCUCUACCACUGCUUCCGUUGAACUGGGCUCUGACAAAAUGUGAAAUAUGUCAAUCAUAAUGAUUGGUGGACAAGAAGUGACUCUGCGUUUCGGUCUGCUUUUGCUUGCUUCAACGUCUGUCGAUGUCUUUCUCACUGUGUCGCUUUUUGUAUAAGCUCCUGUUUAUUGCUUUUUAGUAUGAAGUCGGUUUUGUCUUCUACAUUUUUGUCUGUCUUCUCUGAGCUAUUCACGAGCGUAUACUGCCAAGGGAGUAAAAUAAAUAAAUAAAUUAAUUAAUUAGUUAACUAAUUAAUUAAUUAAUUAAUUGAAAUGAAUAAAUAAAAAAUAAAAAUCUGUUUAAUAUUCAGUGGUUUGAGAUCAUUUUCUUUGAUCUUUGUGGUAUUUACAUUUCACCCACAAAAAUUAUCUAAAGUAAAAAAAAAAAGGGCGUUUAUUUUGAAAAGAGAUCUGGAACGAACAAAAAGAGAAUUCUACCAUAUUGUGCUAACUUUGCCUUGGGUGUUAGUUGUGAUCGCCAGAAAUAUAUUGUUGUGGCACAAGAGUUCUACUGUUCAAAUAGGUCGUCAUAAAAGGGGCAGCUAACUCUAUAUGAUCGAAAAACGGGUCUAGUUGAAGAGGGGUGGAGUUGCAGAUUAAUGCUAAACUAGACAUACAAUACCCAAUCUUUAGGUUAUGAUAACACAGCUUUCAUUGCAUACACGCAUUAAAAGCAGAGAAUACAAAAUGUUCCCAGAAAUAUUUAUUUCGCUUUUAUUGGGUUUUAUCGAUUUAAUUCCCUUGAACCAAAGUAUUCCCGUAAGAUUUUCGUUAUAAAGUCAAAUGGUUUUCUCUUAGAGAUUAUAAUAUGCGAGGAAAAUAUUUAAUUGUUUUAAUUAUACUUAUGAUAUAUAUUUUGUUUUAUUUUUUGCUUAACGAGUUUUUAUAAGUGAGAAUUUUACAAUUUUUCGUGUCUAAUGAUGUCAACCAAAAUGGCUUAUAAGAGCUGGGCUGCAAUGAGUAAUACAGAGACAUUAUCAUUUAAACAAUGUAGGUACGUAUAGAGUGUGGAAAUGAUUAGCAGUAAUUUUUUUUUUUCCCCGAUAUAACGAUAUUAAAAAAAAAAAAAACAGAAUAAGUCACAUUAUGGAAGACUUUAAUACAUUUUAGAAACUGCUUAAACUUUUAGUUUUCUGCGAUCACAGUAGCGUCUCAGCUCUUUACAUUAGAGUAAGCAAAAAAAAAAAAAAAA